CUCUUGGCCGGAAGAGAAGAGAAGAGAAGAGAAGAGAGUGGUCGGCUGCUCUUUCUCCUUCGUGGGCACGUGCGUGGUGGUCGAGGCUGACCGCCUUCCGGAGCAGUAUUACAGUCUCACCUGGUUCCUGAGCCCCAUCCUUGGCCUCAUCUUCACACCGCUCAUCGGCUCGGCGAGUGACCGCUGCACCCUGAGCUGGGGCCGCCGCCGGCCUUUCAUCCUGGCCCUCUGCGUGGGCGUGCUCUUCGGUGUGGCGCUUUUCCUGAACGGCUCUGCCAUUGGCUUGGUAUUGAAAGUGUCCAGACCCAACUCCAUGCUUGCUGUUUUUGUUUUGUGUACUUAGGUUUUGUUUUGCUUUUGUUGUUGUUCUGUUGUGUUUUUGAUUAAAGCAGCUCUGUGUGGGAGCGUAGCUUUCACCUUGCCGGUGCCCAUCAGCACUGCCAGAGACAAAACCUUGUUUUCUGGCAACGACUUUUUAAGAUGGAGGCUUCCUCUGCCUUCUGACACCCACAGACUUACCCCAAGUCUGCAGCAGUUCAGGUGGGAGUCAGCGAUGCUGGAACGCUCAGGAAGAGGCCACAGGAAACGUGGGGUAGCCGAGCCUCGCUGGCUUCUCAGAGGCCUGUGUGGGGGCAUGCCGGGGCACCCUCCCUGAGCUGCACACCUCGGGGUGGCCUCCUCCAGCUGGGGUGUCUCCCAAACAGAAGUCCAGGCUGCCACUUUCUCAGCACCUACGGGCACUGCUGUGGGCCUCUCUGGCUGUCCCCUUCACCCUGGGGAGCAGCAGCCCCUUCCUGACUCUUACCUAGAGAGGACCCUGGGGCUUUCUCAAGGCUGUGUCCGUGGGGUGGUCCCGCCUCAACAUGGCCUGGAUGCAGUGAGCCAGGGGCUCUGGCACCGAGCCCUGGCACCCUGUCCCGUGCUGUGUCUGUGUUUCUUCAGGCACCAUGGGGUCCAGGUGGCGAGCAGGGAGCUGCUGGUCAGAAACCCCUUUCCCAGCCCGCACGCAGGGCGGGUUUGUCUGCGUUCCAGCUAACACAUCAAGCUCUGGCGCUGGGCCCAAGUCCCAGACUGUGGCCCACGGCCGGCUCUGCAUCUUCAUGCAAGAGGGUGCCCUUGGUCUCACGGGCGCUGCACCCAGUCUGGCCCUCGGUGAUGUCCCUAGCCGGCAGCCCAUUGGCAUCAUCCUCACAGUGCUGGGGGUGGUGGUCCUGGAUUUCAGCGCUGAUGCCACCGAGGGGCCCAUCCGCGCCUACCUGCUGGACGUGGUGGACAGCGAGGAGCAGGACAUGGCCCUCAACAUCCACGCCUUCUCUGCUGGCCUCGGCGGGGCCGUCGGCUACGUGCUGGGCGGGCUGGACUGGACCCAGACCUUCCUGAGCACCUGGUUCCGAACACAGAACCAGGUGCUCUUCUUCUUCGCGGCCAUCAUCUUCACGGUGUCGGUGGCCUUGCACCUCUUCAGCAUCGAGGAGGAGCAGUACAGCCCCCAGCAGGAGCGGAGCGUGGAGGCAGCUGACGCUCUGCCCCCCGCCGCCCGCCUGAGCGUGCCGGAUGGUGGUGACACCUUGUUCCCAGACGAGGUGCAGUCAGAGCACGAGCUGGCCCUGGACUACCUGGACGUGGACAUGGUGCGGAGCAAGAGCGACUCGGUGCUGCACGUGCCAGACGCCGCCCUGGACCUGGAGCCCGAGCUGCUCUUCCUGCACGACAUUGAGCCGUCCAUCUUCCACGACGCCUCUUACCCCAACACCCCGCGCAGCACCAGUCAGGAGCUCGUCAAGGCCAAGCUGCCCUGCCUGUCCCCACUGCUCAGGGAACCUGCAAACGAGGAUGAGACGCUGCUUGAUAAUCGCUCAAACGAAGCCAAAGUCCCAAACGGAAGUGGCUCCCCCCUAAAAGACGGCCUCAGCGGCUACACCAGGGUAGACAUAAAGCCCUCAGCCACGUCCAGUUCCAUGAGACGGCGAAGACACAUGUUCCGCCGGCAGGCCUCCAGCACCUUCUCCUACUACGGCAAGAUCGGUGCCCACCGCUACCGCUACCGGCGGGCCAACGCCGUGGUCCUGAUCAAGCCAUCACGCAGCAUGAGCGACCUGUAUGACCUGCAGAAGCGGCAGCGGCAGCGCUGCCGGCACCGGAACCAGAGCGGGGCCACCAACUCCAGCGGGGACACGGAGAGCGAGGAGGGGGACGGGGAGACCACUGUGCGGCUGCUGUGGCUGUCCAUGCUGAAGAUGCCCCAGGAGCUGAUGCGGCUCUGCCUCUGCCAUCUGCUCACCUGGUUCUCUGUCAUCGCCGAGGCCGUGUUCUACACCGACUUCAUGGGCCAGGUCAUCUUCGAAGGGGACCCCAAGGCCCCCUCCAACUCAACGGCCUGGCAGGCCUACAACGCCGGCGUGAAGAUGGGCUGCUGGGGCCUGGUCAUUUACGCGGCGACCGGCGCCAUUUGCUCAGCCCUGCUACAGAAGUAUUUGGACAACUACGACCUGAGCAUCAGGGUCAUCUAUGUGCUGGGGACGCUGGGCUUCUCCAUCGGCACGGCCGUGAUGGCCAUGUUCGCCAAUGUCUACGUCGCCAUGAUCAUGAUCAGCACCAUGGGCAUCGUCUCCAUGAGCAUCUCCUACUGCCCCUACGCCCUGCUUGGGCAGUACCACGACAGCAAAGAGUACGUGCACCACAGCCCCGGGAACUCCAAGCGCGGCUUCGGCAUCGACUGUGCCAUCCUCUCCUGCCAGGUCUACAUCUCCCAGAUCCUGGUGGCGUCUGCCCUGGGGGGCGUGGUCGACGCUGUUGGGACUGUGCGCGUCAUCCCCAUGGUGGCCUCUGUGGGCUCUUUCCUGGGCUUCCUGACAGCCACGUUCCUGGUGAUCUACCCAGAGGUGUCAGAAGAAGCCAAGGACGAGCAGCGGGGCCUGCCGUGCCAGCCCUCGGCUGAAGGCGGGAGUGGCGGCGAGAAGCCCUCCGUGCUGAAGCUCUCCCGGAAGGAGGGCCCGCAGGGGCCGGUGGUGACGGAGUCGAUGGUCUGAGCCACGCACACAUUCCAGAGGGCGGCAGGGAGCGGGGCGCAGGGGCCGGGCGCAAGCUGCGCUCAGGCUGGCUGCCAUUGCUCCGGGCAGCGCAGACCAGAGUCCUUCCCGCAGCAGGGUGGAGACGCGGCGCUCGCGGGUAGGUUAAGCCGCUGGGCAAAACGCCACGUGCAUUCCUUUUUCCACGAUUAAAAAAUCAUUUUGAAAUCUU